ACGUCAGAGAUGAGCGAACGAGUCAGUCGUGUCUGGAGUGCCGGGUUGGGAGGACGUGUACGCCGCCGCUCUCUCCACCGCCUCUCCGCCACCGCUCUGCACACCCAUAUUUCCCGAGCCCCGAGCCGCCGCCUCGCCCCGCCUGGCUCACACGACAUGCCAGCCGUUCACUCGUAGCUAGCUAGCGCCUCACGUAGUAGUCAGAGCUGCCAGUCAGCCGCUGUGGUAAGGUAAAUCAGUCUAGUCCCCAGCCUCCGUCGGUAGGUAGCAAGCGCCUCCUUUUCGUAGCCUGAUCAUUUCCCACCUGCGAGCACACUCCUCUCCUCGCUUCUAUUUUUACGCUGUUGGAGAAGUCUAGAGUCUUCCCGUGCCUGGGCGGCGGUGAUCGCGUGCUGGGCACCACGGAAACUGUGCCCAGUCGGUGCCUACAGUGCCUACAGUGAAGAGUUCCUCGCCACGCCCUCGCCCCGCGGCCCUCCACUCUGCCCCCCGCCGCUCCUACUGCCGUCCCGUUGCCUCCCCAGUGCCCAAGGCUGCCUCCUGACCUCCUCAGCCCGUGACGGACAGGUUUCUCAACAAUGGAUGAUGCCACGAGAGACCCGCUGCCUCAUCUCAAUAGAUCGAGGAAGAUGAUAGAGGACAAGGAGCGCCCCGGCUUCUUCAAGGACUACCACAAGACCGUGCGCAAGGCCCUCACCAACGACCAGUUCAAUGAAUUCUCCAAACUCAAAACCAACGAGGACAGGAUUAGGUUUUGCUUCACCCUCCCGGCCGUCCAUGAUAUCGAUAUUAAGCCGUUCUUCAAGGGCAAGUCGGAAAAGGAGGCGCUUGAAAAGAAGGAGGCGGGAAAUAAGUGUUUUGGGCGCAAGAAUAACCUGGAGGCGCUAAAGUUAUACAGCCAGGCGGUGGUUAAGGCUCCGGUUCCCUCGGGUAAAUAUUGGAAGUUAAUCAAGGAAAGCGCUGACCCCAAGAAGAUGACCAUGUACGCCAUCUGUCUGGCCAACCGCUCCGCUGCACUCUACCACCUCCGGGAGUACCACUACUGCGUCAAGGACAUCGACGAGGCCCUGGAGCACCACUACCCCAAGGAACUCAAGUACAAGCUGUUCAAGAGGAAGGCGCGGCUGCUCUCCCACAUGAAGCAGCAUAUCGACGCUCGCGACGCCUUCCGCCAAGCCCUCAAGUGGUUGGACUGGGCCAAGAUGGAGCGGGAGAAGAGGAUCGAGCACCAGACAGAGAUACAGAAGUGGCUCAAGAUGUACGAGACAGGGAAGGUCGUCAAGAACUGGGACAUCCCGGAGUACUACGCUGAACACCCUCCUGUCAUCCCCGACGUGACCGGCGGCAGAAACGAACGCUUCCUCUCGGCCACCAAGAAGAUUGACAUCCACUACGACAACAACAUGGGCCGCUAUGCCGUGGCGGCUGAGGACAUCGAGCCCGGAGACGUGCUGGUCACUGAGAAGCCCUUCGCUGCGGUGCUCAACAGGGAGGAGUACGGGAACCACUGCCAGAAGUGUUUCAAGACGACCAAGGCACCAAUCCCGUGCAAGAAGUGUUCUGCGGUGCUGUUUUGUUCGGUGGAGUGCCGGCAGAGCUCCUACUUCCACACCAUUGAGUGCUCCAUCCUGGACCUGCUGUUUGGCUCUGGCAUGUCCAUCAACUGCUUCCUUGCCUUCCGCCUCCUGACGCAGUACCCCCUCUCCUACUUCCUGGACAUGAAGGAGAAGCUGCAGGAGGAAGAGAACCCCAAGGAGACAACAGACAACAAGGAAGUGUACGACCCGGCUGACUUCAUGCGGCUGUACCAGCUGGUGUGCCACUCCCAGCACCGCACGCCGGAGGACCUCUUCCACCGCUGCAUCAUGAUCGUCUUCCUCCUCAAGGCGCUCAAGAAGACCAAGUACUUUGAGGGCAAGGAUGGCGGCUCAGCCUACCCCUUGUUUAAGGACAAAGGCGACAAAGUCAGCGACGUGGAGGUGUUCGCCGGGAGUCUGCUGCUGCGCUUCCUUCAGAUUGUGCAGUUCAAUGCUCACGAAGUAUCUGAGUUUUACCUCCUGGGACCCAAGACUUUUGACGGUGCUAAGAACGAGACUCUGGGAGCUGCCAUCUACCCCACCCUGGCACUCUUCAACCACUCCUGCCACUCGGCCCAAGUCAGGUACUUCAGCGGCAACCAGGUGAUCACCAAGGCAAUAAGAAACCUCCGCAAGGGAGACAUUGUGCCGGAGAACUACGGCCAGUCCUUCCCGUCCAAGAAGAGGAGCGAGAGGAAGCUGGAGCUGGCGGACAGAUACUGGUUUGACUGUAACUGUGAAGCCUGCCAGCAAGACUGGCCCAUGUACAAGGAGAUGGACAACGCCAACCUGCGCUUCAAGUGUCACAAGUGUCACGGACCCGUGCCAGUGAACACCGAGCAGGUCAUCAACCCCUUCAUUAAGUGUGAAAAGUGUGGAGAGCAGACCAACAUUCUCGCCACCCUGAAGAACCUCCAGAACACGGAGCAGACCUUCAAGGCGGCCUGCAAGGAGAUGGAGGCCUUCAACCUGGAGAAGGCCGAGUCACUCCUCAUUGAAAACCUGAAGCAGCUGGAGGCCUCCCUGUACCCCCCUUACAGGGACUACCACCUCACACAGGAGGCCUACAUGAGGGUGUGCCUCUGCCAGGGGAAUGUCAUAGUCAAGCCGCCCAAGUCUGAAGAGUAGGAGCUUCAUGAGGCCCUUGGAGCACUUCACUAGACCUUCAGUAUGUUUGUAGAUCACAGUUUAUUUGACAGAUGGUUUACUCUAGCUACUCUAUACGCGGUUUUCAGAGAUUUGAUAAACAUAUACAAUAGAGAGUUAUUUGAUAUUUAUUUCUAUGGCUUUGUAUGAUGUAUGCAGUUCAGACUGUAUAAUUCUGUCCUAUAUAUAUGAUAUAAAUUGCCUAUGUGUGUGUGUGUGUGUGUGUGUGUGUGUGUGUGUGUGUGUGUGUGUGUAUGUGUGUGUGUUUUAUUGCUCUAGCAUGUGCUGAAUACUAAGUUGAGUGAUCCGUUUCUAUACUUUUUGCAUUACUUAAGUACUGCACUGAGGCUUCUUCUGCAGCUAGGGUCUAGUUAAGGGUCAGUGGUGUGCACAGGGAUGGCCCAGGUGGAGCCUCUCCCUCCCUGGCGUGUGGCUGCUGGACAAUCCCUUGAGUCAAGUCUUUGUUGUGGCAAAGCUUACCACCAGAACAAUGAUUUGAGGGUCUGUGUGAGAGCAGUUUACUCCUUUGAACAUAUUGCUUUCUCUUAAAUCUUCAGUAGGUAAUUGCAAAGUUUCUGAAGUAUUUAAAUCAUGUACAGAAUGCAGCUGCUUUCUCAGUUUGAGUCUGACAUCAUUAUAUAUUCCAUCCAAAGUUUGCUUGAUAAUUACCAGUUGCAUAAUAAGAAAUAGUACUAUUUUGAUGACUGCUCCAUAUGACACAUUUGUAAUGUAGUAUCUGCAGGAGUCUGCUCCUGCCAUGAAUCAGGGAAUAUCAAGCACUAACGUCGCCUCAGAGAGUGUGAGUGUAUCUGUCAGUGUGUGCAGUAGUUAGCGGACCAGCGGCGUGAAGACGAGUGUUCAUCAUUACUUUAUCAAUAUGCAUCUGUACAUUUCCUCAUCCAUUUCAGUGAGAAAUGGAGUGAGGUAACACAGCAGUGUGGGGAGUGUUGUGUGGAUGAACCAUGAGAAACACCAGACUUGGUUUGUUCAUAGUCAAGUUAUAGAUAGAGAUACUAUUGCCUAUAUAUUUAAAUGUUGUCACUCUGGUGGAAUGGAUUUCAUUCUUCUUUGUACAUAGUGAAUAAAUUCCUCCUGCUUGUUGUUAUCAUUAAUGAAGAUAUAUAUAUAUGAGCAACCUCGUUGUAUUAGCAUAGUGAAUCAUUUGGCACAACAAUUGCAUAAUUAAUGAGGACUGACUUGUCUUGGGAACGCCUGGCUCCUCCCAGCACAGGCAGCGGGCGGCCUGCAGGCCCAGCGCUCAGGGCCACGUGGUGUUGACUUCCUGUCCAGACAUUUUUUAUGAAAGGAGAAUGAAAAUGCUGCUGAUUAUGUUGUGCUGACUAGUGAGUGCAUGUAGUGUGCUUGAGCCUUUGUGAAUGACUCGGUAGCAUUUAAAAGCUUGCAUGCUUUGUGUCAAGUAAGAAAGGAACCUUGAAUUAUACACUUUUUCAAUUAGUCUGCAAGAAUGCUUUACUGAUGUUGAGUGUGCCAUAUGAUGCUCAGUGUGAGCACCUGUUCUAUCAAACAUUAGAGCAAGAAAAAAUAUGUUGAGUAAAAAAUGAAAUUUUUUAGACAACCAAUUUUAUCCUGGUUGGUUUACACAAGUGUAACAACAAUGAUGCUGAUGUUCAGCCUGAGGGCUGUAUCCUUAAGGACAACAGGGGAAUACUUUACACAGUUCCUUGCUGCAGACUCACUAUCUUAGUCAAGAAGUGUUUAGUGCCAAAUGUUUCUGCUUCACUCACAUUGUUUCUGUGACCAAAGGAGACUUGAAAGGAGUUAUGCUUCAACUCCAUGGGAAGGAAUCUUGUGUUAUCUUGUGCAUUGAGAACAUGAAAGUGGAAGCUGUAAAACCUUUCUAGUUAGUACAAGGCCAGCUUUGUUCUGUCCAGAGGUGGCGCAUGCCCCUGCCACACUAUGUGUCCAGCAGGCGUGUGCUUGGUGACUGGCAGGUUUGGGGAGGUAAUUAUUUUCUCAUGUGCAAGGUGAAAGUAUGUAACCACGACAGACAGUAAAGCCUCACGUCAUUGCACCAGUCAGGACGCAGUGACCUGUGUGAACACUGUGGACCUGUGACCCACAAGUCCUCUGCAGGUGACUAGCGAUACACGUGAGUGUGCGUGUGUGUAUUUACUUAGUUUAGCCAAAAAGGGAGUGAGCUGUGCUCAUGGAAUCCUGUCUCUGAAUCUCACUGGGACAUAUUUAGUAGUAAACUCUUUUAAGCUUUUGGACUGGACAGUUUCUUUGUUGAGGCUGUUCCACAGUUCAAUGCAUCUGUGUGGAAAAUGCCAUUUUUUUAUAUCUUUCAAGCAUCUUCUCUGCUCCUAUUAAAUUCCAUGUACCCUGCUUGCUCUCCCAUACCAUAAAAGUAAAUCUCUGUCAGUUCUGUUUCCUCCCUUCACUGCACUUAAAACUGCCACCAUCUCACCCUACUUUCCUUCUCCUCCAAGGGUGCGGCAGACCCAACUUUUGGAGUCCUUCCUUGUUCAUUGAAUUUGUCAGGCUGGGAACCAUCUUGGCUGCUCCUUGUAUUCUCUCAAUCUUGUUUACAUCCUUCUUGUUUUGGGGCGAGGGGGCCACACUGCUGCUGUGUGUUUCACCCUGGGAAGGACUUGAGCCACUGUCAAUUUCCCAAGUAUCAUCUCUUUGUUCUUGUUGUGAAAUGCCACCCAUGUUUUUUGACAGUUUGUUUGAGUCUAAUUAAUGUUUUCUUUUGAGUGAAAAAUAAUCCUAGACCAGCACUCCCGAAUCCUUCUCUUCUCUCACUAAUGUGAUUUUUUAAGAUUUCUCAUUGAAUAAUUUAGUGAUGGCCUCUCAGUAGUUUUACUAUUUUCACAUAAUAGGCAUCUUUUACAUUAAAUGUCAUUUCCCAUGUGUGGCUCCAUUUGCAAAUCCUGUCUAUAUCUUCUUGCAGCCCUUUUCAAUCCUGCAAUAAGAUUCAGACAGGAUUUGUGCAUGCAGCCAGCCAACCGUGGGAAAUAAUAUUCAAUACGAAAGAAUGUACAUUAGUGUGUGUGUGUGUGUAUGUGUGUUGACAACACCUCAGGGCACUCUGCAGAGGGUCUUGCAGCGAUACAUUUGUCUUAACCAAAAUUUUUCCUGAGGGACAAUGUUCAAUUAUGCAUGAAAUUAUACAAAGAGCAAGCUUGAAUAAUUUUUGUACACAUGAAGUGUUAAUAAAGUCUGUAUAACUCCUCCUAAACAUCUGAUGCAAACUCCUGAGUCACUGGUGCAGUGUUCCCUCCCUGGCAGUGUUGAUGAAGUGAGGCUUUACUGUGUUGUUGAAGACGGUGGACCAUUUUAAGAAUUUGUGCAGUUUUUACCCAGCUGAGCUGAUGAGAAGCUCCUCUUGCUUGCGUGUUGAUGGAGCGUGUGAAGAGUGAGACACCUGAACGCUAACACAGUAGUUGGGUGCCUGAUGUGAACUUAACAUUUAGGUUCAGACAGAAAAGCCCAUAAACUAAGACGUGCCCUAAGUUGUAAGUCCGUGGCAAAGGUCAGCUGGUCCAAGCAGCAGCAGAGCAAGUGGGAAUUCAACUUGGUUUUUCUCAUUUUCUAGUCAUUCUGAGGCAUCACCUUCACGAGUCAAGGGAAUAUUUAGUGAUCUUGAUAAUUCUGUAGGUUUGUGUUCACUCCAGACUGUGACUCCAGGAUUGUGAUAAUGUUAUGGUUGCACCGUAUACUCUGUACUGUGUUAGACAUUCUCCUCACAGGCCGGAGCCUCAUUUUGAGCCUCUUAUGAGUGAGUUUGUUACUUUUGAUUCUCCUCAGUGUAGCUUCAAGACUGAAUUCCACUGUAAUUCUCAAAAUAUUUUUAUAUUGGAACCUGCAUAAACAUGAAGAUUAUGACUGGUGGUGUUUUCAGGAUUCACAGUGACUGAGGGAUGUCAUGGGGCUCAGGGUUCACAGCUUGGCCAACACUUUCCCCAAGAACAUAUUAAAGUAAAAAUUUAUUCCUAUUGUUAUUGAAGUUUUGAUACAAUGGAAAGUUAUAAAUGUCACAAAAUUUUCUUUACACUACUCUUGUGUCAUGACAAACACAAGGACUUGAGGUUCAAAAGCCUAGUUUGAUUCUUAGAUAAAAAGCACAACAAUUAAGUUUGGUCCAAGGACUGAGGCCGUCAGCCUGAUCUGUGUCUCUGGCCUCUCCUCAGAAUUAGUUUAUAAUACUUUAGUCAUAGUCUUCAGACUUUAUGCAUUUUCUGAUUAUUUUUAAACAUUUCUUUACUUUAAUUAUGCCUUAAAUAGUGCCUUUUGUACACUACUACAGCCUGGCUAAGAUAAAGAGGAUUAUGUUGAGGAAGUAUAUCAUUAUUACUGCCUAAUGCAUCCCUGUUAUGAGAGUGAGUGAGUCAGCUGAUGGGGACACACACUGUGCUGCCAGCAGUGGUGAGCACAGCUGACUCUACCAACCGCUGGUCCUCUAACUACAAAGUUAGCUUUGCUAAUGCUUAACCACUAAUAAAAGUGACAGAGGCUAAUAUUAAAAGUGUUUUUAUAUAUGAAUUGA